UUGUAGCAGAGAGGCAAGGAUGGUGGUCGCUGUUACUUUGUGAGGAGAUCGGGGAUGAAUUGCUCGCUUUAAAAAUGCUGCUUUGGAUUUUGUUGCUGGAGACGUCUCUUUGUUUUGCCGCUGGAAACGUGACAGGGGACGUUUGCAAAGAGAAGAUCUGUGCCUGCAAUGAGAUAGAAGGGGACCUGCACGUAGACUGUGAAAAAAAGGGUUUUACAAGUCUGCAGCGUUUCACCGCCCCGACUUCUCAGUUUUAUCAUCUAUUUCUGCAUGGCAAUUCCCUCACUCGACUUUUCCCUAAUGAGUUUGCUAACUUUUAUAAUGCGGUUAGUUUGCACAUGGAAAACAAUGGCUUGCAUGAAAUCGUCCCCGGGGCUUUUCUGGGGCUGCAGCUGGUGAAAAGACUGCACAUCAACAACAAUAAGAUCAAGUCUUUUCGGAAGCAGACUUUUCUGGGGCUGGACGAUCUGGAAUAUCUCCAGGCUGAUUUUAAUUUAUUACGGGAUAUAGAUCCGGGGGCCUUCCAGGACUUGAACAAGUUGGAGGUACUCAUUUUAAAUGACAAUCUCAUCAGCACCCUACCUGCCAACGUGUUCCAGUAUGUCCCCAUCACCCACCUCGACCUGCGAGGAAACAGGCUGAAAACCCUGCCUUACGAGGAGGUCUUGGAACAAAUCCCGGGCAUUGCUGAGAUCCUGCUAGAGGAUAACCCGUGGGACUGCACCUGUGAUCUGCUGUCCCUGAAAGAAUGGCUGGAAAACAUCCCCAAAAAUGCCCUGAUCGGAAGAGUGGUGUGCGAAGCCCCCACUAGACUGCAGGGGAAAGACCUCAAUGAAACCACUGAGCAGGACUUGUGUCCUUUGAAAAACAGAGUGGAUUCUAGUCUCCCAGCGCCCCCUGCCCAAGAAGAGACCUUGGUCCCUGGCCCCCUGCCAACUCCCUUCAAGAUAAAUGGGCUGGAAGAUCAUGCCACCCCAGGGUCUGCUCCAAACGGAGGUACAAAGAUCCCAGGCAACUGGCAGAUCAAAAUCAGACCCACGGCGGCGAUAGCCACUGGCAGUGCCCGCCACAAGCCCCCGGCCCAUGGCUUGACCUGCCCGGGGGGCUGCAGUUGCGACCAAGUCCUCCCGGGGUCCGGGUUAAAGAUGAAUUGCAACAACCGGAACGUGAGCAGCUUGGCUGAUCUGAAACCCAAGCUCCCCAACGUGCAAGAGCUUUUCCUGCGAGAUAAUAAGAUCCACAGCAUCCGCAAGUCACACUUUGUGGAUUACAAGAACCUCAUUCUUUUGGACCUGGGCAACAAUAACAUCGCCACGGUGGAGAACAACACUUUCAAGAACCUCUUGGACCUUAGGUGGCUGUACAUGGAUAGCAACUACCUGGACACGCUGUCCCGGGAGAAAUUUGCGGGGUUGCAGAACCUCGAGUACCUAAACGUGGAGUACAACGCCAUCCAGCUCAUUCUGCCUGGCACCUUCCACGCCAUGCCUAAACUGAGGAUCCUCAUCCUCAACAACAACUUGCUGAGGUCCCUCCCGGUGGAUGUGUUCGCGGGGGUGUCUCUCUCCAAGCUCAGCCUGCACAAUAAUUACUUCAUGUACCUGCCCGUGGCAGGGGUGCUGGACCAGUUGACCUCCAUCAUCCAGAUCGACUUGCACGGGAACCCCUGGGAAUGCUCCUGCACCAUUGUGCCUUUUAAGCAAUGGGCAGAGCGCCUGGGCUCCGAAGUGCUCCUGAGCGACCUCAAGUGCGAGACACCCGUGAACUUCUUUCGCAAGGAUUUCAUGCUCCUCGCCAACGAUGACAUCUGUCCCCAGCUGUACGCCAGGAUCUCGCCCACGGUCCCCGCGCACAGUAAAAACAGCACCGGGUUGGCGGAGACCGGGACGCACUCCAAUUCCUACCUAGACACCAGUAGGGUGUCCAUCUCCGUGCUGGUACCCGGACUGCUUCUGGUGUUUGUCACCUCUGCCUUCACCGUCGUGGGCAUGCUGGUGUUUAUCCUGAGGAACAGAAAACGGUCUAAGAGAAGGGAUGCCAACUCUUCGGCGUCCGAAAUCAACUCCCUCCAGACCGUCUGUGACUCUUCUUACUGGCACAAUGGGCCUUACAACGCAGAUGGGGCGCACAGGGUUUAUGACUGUGGCUCGCACUCGCUUUCAGACUAAAAACAACAACAACAACAACAACAACAACAAAAAGAGACACUCAUCUGGGAGGGAGCGCACAGCCUAGCCCCCAAACCCCAAAGACUGGGGGAAGGAGGAAUGGCUCCCUCUCCAUCCCCUCCCACGCAACCCCAAUAACCACUAGGGGUUCACUGGAGCUCUCCCCCUUUUCACACAUCCUAUCUAAGCUCUGCGCACUCGAGGCUGGAGAGACCGAAGUCAGUAAAUAGUUCUUGCAAAAAAAAAAAAAA